GCAGAUCAGCUGUUGGAAGGGCGGGUCGGUCACGUGAUCACGCCAGUCCCUUCAGACAGAAUGAAUCGGUGAGAGUCUCGCACGCCCUUGUGUUUCCUGCAUCUCUCUGUGUUUGUGGAUCUCAUGGCUGCUGUUUGGCAGCAGGUGCUGGCAGUGGACGCAAGGUACAAUGCUUACCGCACACCUACGUUCCCCCAGUUCCGCACGCAGUACAUCCGCCGGCGCAGCCAGCUGCUCCGCGAGAAUGCCAAGUGUGGCUUUGAGCCGGGGCUGCGCAGGCAGUAUCUGCGUCUGCGCAGUCAGUUGCUCGCCCUGCGUUACGGGCCUCUGUCAGAGCAGAGCAGCUUCAGAGCCAGCAGUGUGCGCAGUUCCCGCACCACACUGGAUCGCAUGGAGGUUAGGUGCAUUCAGAAACAGGGAAAAGGGUUCGAGAAAUUAACCACAUCUGAGCCAUUUGUCAGUCUUGGCUGUGGACUGUUGUUUUACAUUCCCAUUUUAACCCUUUACUAUUUUAUCUCCUCAGUUCCUCGAUUACAGUUUGCCAAUGAUGAUAAACACCUCCUUGCCUGCUGCUCAUUGGAUGGGACAUUGUCAAUCAUGACGUUGUCCCCGCCUCCACCAACUGUAAAGGUGACACUAAAGGGCCAUGCUGGUCCCGUGACUGACUUCGCCUGGUCGCUCAGCAAUGACAUCAUUGUGUCCACAUCAAAAGACGGCACUCUGCGUAUCUGGAACACAGAGGAUGGACGCUGCAUCCGAGAGGUGGCUGACCCAGAGGGCAGUGAGCUGCUGUGCUGCACUUUUCAGCCCAUGAACAACAACCUGACUGUGGUUGGCAACAGUAAACACCACCUGCAGGUGGUGAACAUCUCCACUGGGAAGAAAGUGAAAGGAGGCUCCAGUAAACUCACCGGUCGAGUGCUUUCUCUCUCGUUUGAUGCUCCGGGGAGAAUCCUGUGGGCUGGUGAUGACAGGGGAAGCAUUUUCUCCUUCCUCUUUGACAUGGCCACAGGAAAACUGACCAAAGCUAAGAGACUGGUGGUGAAUGAGGGCAGCCCUAUCUCUAGUAUCUCUGCCCGCUCAUGGAUCAGUCGAGAGGCACGGGAUCCGUCGCUGCUCGUCAACACCUGUGUCAACAAACUACUGCUGUACAGGGUCGUGGAUAAUGAGGGAACACUACAGCUGAAGAGGAGUUUCCCCAUUCAACACGGAUCCCAACCGCUGCACAGCAUCUUCUGUCCUCUCAUGUCCUUCAGACAGGGAGCCUGUGUUGUCACCGGCAGUGAGGAUGCGUGCGUCUACUUUUUCGACGUCGAGCGCAACACUAAGGCCAUUGUUAACAAGCUGCAGGGCCACAGCGGGCCCGUCCUGGACGUGAGCUUCAACUGCGACGAAAGCCUGCUGGCCUCCUCUGACGCCACUGGAAUGGUGAUCAUCUGGAGACGGGAGCAGAAGUAACCACGGCAACUCCAAGCUUUCGCUACCUUGGCAACAGCAUCUUCCGUGCAGGCUAGCUUGAAUCAUGUGCAAUGAA